CUAACCUGUGAGUGAAGGUGCACAGCUACAAGUGAUGGCUGGUUACCCCCAAGAUGUCCACUCACGCUAAAAAAAGAAAAGUUGAUGACGUUUUCAACAAGACAUGGACUGCCACGUAUUUCUUUACAGAAAUGAAACGUAAAGCCGUGUGCUUAAUUUGUGGUACACAGGUUGCUGUGUUUAAAGAUUAUAAUUUGAAUCGCCGCUACACGACGAAGCACGAGGAUAAAUAUCGGAAUCUGAUGAAGAGGCGUGAGGAAGGCUGAUGAGUUGAUGGUAAAACUGCAAACCCAAAAAAGACUUUUUACCAAACUUCACACCCCCAGAAAUGCAGCCGUCAGGACAAGUUUCGUCAUUGCUCACAAAAUCGCCAGAAAAAGUAAGGCAUUUUCUGACGGAGAGUUUAUUACGUUUAUUGCUCAUUGGACUCUGUUGCGCUGAUUUGCCCGGAGAAGAAGGGCGCAUUUGAGAACGUGUCACUCUCCAGACGCUCUGUAACGAGGCGGGUUGAGGCCAUCGCUGGAAACUUGGAGCUUCAGCUGAAGAACAGAGCGGCUGACUUUGACAGUUUUUCUCUGGCUUUGGAUGAGAGCUGCGAUGUACGGGACAGCGCCCAGCUGCUCAUCUUCUUGCGUGGGACAACUGCAGACUUUCAAAUCACGGAGGAGCUGGCAGCCAUGCAGUCAAUUAAAGCGACAACCACAGCUGUUCUGGAUGCUGUGGAGGAUCAAAUGCCUGAUGAUGCUGAUGAGCUUGAUGAUAAUGAAACGAAUGUUAAAAACUCAACAGCUACAGUGAAAGUUGUGCUGGUGCCAGGGGGUCAUGUGAUGACCAUGGCUUUCGCCAUCGGGCUCACCAUUGAAGAGAUGAAGCAUCACCUGGCCUCAGAGCUGAAAGUCCCACUGGAGGUGCUGCAGCUCUACCUGAAUGGUAGAGUGGUGGAGGAGAAGCAGAGCCUUAUGGAACUUGGCAUCCGACCUCACAGCUCCACCCAGAUGGAGAUGAGCUCCUCUGACCCAACUUCUUACCCACUCCGCCUUCUCCGCCCCCCAGAACAUGACAGCAUGCCCGAUGUCAUUACUGUACGGGUCCAAAAAGAUGAAGGGGUGUUUAAGGAGGUGGUAAUGGAGAUAGAGCGUUCCCACCAGAAGAAGCCCUUCCUUGGGGGCUACAGGCACCGGUUGACUGGGGUGGAGUACCACAACGCCGCUGUCCAGACCCUUCCUAAAAAGAGGCCUGACAGAGGUGUGCUGGUCCACAGUCUGGGCAUACAGACAGCUGAGCUGAAGUCUAAGCUGCUGCAGUGUUCUGUGGACAUGUCCACUCAGAUGACUGGCAUUGGCUGCUACGUGUCCUGUGUCAAUGACAAGUUGGUAACUCUUGGGGAAUAUGUGACUGCUGAUGAGUAUCAUGGCAGAAGGCUGAAGGCUGUUAUUUGCCUGCAGUCCUACGUUCGGCGAUGGUUAGCCCAGGAGGAAGUGGAGCAGCUGAGGAGAGAGCGAGCUCGGCGCCUCGCCUGGUUCGACCUUCAGGAAAGAAAGUGCAAAGAGGAGAAAGAGGCGCAGCUGAGAGAACGCCGCAGGCGCUGGAUGAACCCGCAGACCAAAGAGGACUUCAAUUUGCUCUACCACGCCCUGCAGAAGUGGAGGAGUGAGGAGGAGGAGCAGAUAAACUGCAGCCUGCGCGGUGCGGAGAGGAAAGCAGCUCUGUGCGCGCUGCUGGAGCAGGAAAUGGAGUUCAUUGCUGCCAUUGGCCGCCAUCAAAUCAACAUAGAAGUUAUCAACCAAGACAAAAUUAUCAGGAACUUCCUGAAUAAGGCAGCUGCUGCACAUCAGUGGCGAUCAGCCACAGGCCGUCUGUUUGAGAUGGACUCUGUGCCUGAUGUCAGAGCCCGGGCGCUGAAGGAGAUCUAUGACGACAUCAGCAAGUUCCCUGUGGACCAGCAGGAGAGACGGCGCUUCCUAGAGAAGCUGAGAAACACUGUUAUGGAGCAUGAGUGUCAGCUGGUGUGGGACAUCAUUGAUCUGAUUGACAGGGAGAUGGACUUGAUGGGUCGAGAUGUUAAGGAGCAUAAUCUGGAGGGCCUGAGGAAGAGGAUCUGCACUCUUUUCCUUCAGUACAUCAGAACACCAGCGUUUAACCCCAAAGUGAUCAAACUGCUAAAGGUUCACAAGAAACCAUCUGAGCUGCAGCACGACAUGUUCUUCUGCCACGGGUGCCAGCGCUACCUUUGGUCCGCUGACUUUGAUUCAAGUCCCACUGGCUGCCGGAGUCGUCGCUGCCGAAACUGUACCCGCUUAGACAACGUUGCAAGAUCUAGAGAUGACAACUCUGUGUACCAAAGCAUCCUGAGGAGGUUGAGAACUGAUGAGCACCGCCUCAAUCCAGAAACUUCCAUCCCCUUCUUGCUGCAGGUGGACGACAUUCGCUACCUGAUAGAAAAGGUUUGGGCUUCCUGCUCAGCUCUGAAUGGCAGCAGAGACAUCUACAACCUGGUGUUUGCUCGCUGGAAUGUCCAGGAGGACUGGAGCCCCUGGAACUGCAUACUGUUGUCCAAAGAGGAGACUUCAGCUCACACACAAGUGGAACACAUCCAUAAGGCAUAUGAAACUACAUUCAUCCAAUGGGUUGAACAGAAACACUCAAUGGCACGACAACACUUCAACAAGAACCCAGUUAUAGCAAAGAACCUGGGCCUUUAGCCAGAUGCUGCUCCACACAACCAGUUUGUCUUCUUAGCCUGUUGGUCACUAAUGAGAAUCCUGACCACACUCCAGGACAUUAACAAAUCCUGUGUCCUCUCACUGCUUCUCCCAUAAGACAUGUUUGCCUUAUGGGUGAAAUAAACAAAACACUUCAUGAUUUUUA